GCUCUUGAUCGACCAACUCCCUUCCCAUGGCCAAAGAGAAAGAUAGUGGUGUCCUAAACAGCAUGGAGCUGGUGCGAAAAGUGUCACCGGCCCGGCCGACGACGCUGCACGACAUCCCCGACAAGCUCCUCAAGAUCAUCCUCCUGUACCUCCUCGCCUCGCCCCACUGGCUUGUUCGCGCGGCGGCCACCUGCCAUUACCAUAACCACACAUCCCCUGUCAAUGGCCGCCGCCUCAUCUUCGUUCCUUCCUCGUCAGCGCUUGCUGUCAAUAGCCGCCACUUCUCCCUGGACUUCCUCCCUGGAGGUGACAGCGGGUCAUGGAAGAUCGUAGAUAGCCACCACACCCUCCUCCUCCUUGUCAAGAAGAAGACUGGGUGGAGACGCUGCUUCCCUGACCUCCUAGUCUGCGAGCCGAUCACACGGCGUUGCCAACUAAUCCCACGCGUGGAGAAAAUGAAAUACCACCCAUGUAUUGGUGUAUUCCUUGAUAUGCAUGGUCGCAGAGGAGCUAUCACGUGGAAUGGACACGCCACCGAUACAAUGUCACGUUUCAGAGUGAUUUGCGUGCUCUACCAUGAAUUCAAAGGGGUAUCUGGUAACAUUGGGACAGCCAAGGCCUUCGUGUUCGAAGAGGACUGGAGGAGGAAGCGUGGCUGGUCCGUCAAGCAGCAGCAAGUGACGCACAAACCUCAGAUCCACCUCCAUGGCAUUGAAUCUCUGCAUUUCAUUGGUCGUGCAACAUUUUCCCUUUUCUGGGCCAUGGAAGACGACUAUUCCUCUUUGCUCGCUUAUAAUUUUAGGUGGUCAAAAGAGUUUGAGAUCGUCCCACUUCCGGACCAUAUCCGAGGAUCGGCUUGGCGGGUCAUUGAUAUCAGCAACAACAACUUGGUGCAUGUUGUUUGCUUGCAAGGCGACAACCUUCGCAUCUUUGCGACAAGGACAUACGAUAGUGCUUCAGAAGAGCCUCCAAUUAAUGGAGGCUACUCGUGGACUGGCAGGACACAAGGAUGACUACUUCCGCGGGUCUACCAAGAUCAUCUCAACCAGCAUGAGCUCUAUUGUGUUUUCUCCGGCAAAGGGGACAUGGCUAUUCUCCAUUGACUUUGAGACCAUGGAGGUGGCGAAAUGCAAAUGCAAGGCCCAUUCUUCUGCAUGUGUGGCUUAUCCAUGUGAGCUUCCAUGGCUACCUGCCCUUCGUGCUUGUAUUGUGCGUUGUUCAAGAAGCGGGCGUGGCCGAUGUUCUGAUAUUUGUAUAUGUUGAGAGAUUUCUU